AUGGCACUCUUCAAGACCAUCAUCAUUGACCGCGUGUACGGAAACAAGGUCAUACCGCCAAGAAUCCGCAUCAUCUCUUGCUGUAACCCUUACAGGAUCCGGAAGACGAACGAGCUGGAACAGGUUGCCCUCGUCUUCCAGCACCAGGCCACAAACAAUACCACUGCCGUGCUCGACCCAAUGAAAAGUUUGGUAUACCGAGUGCACCCAUUGCCAGAGAGCUUAAUUGACGUCGUAAGUGAUUUUGGCGCACUCUCCGAAAGAUCGGAGGAGCUGUACAUUAAUUCCAUAAUUCGCAAAGAGCUUCGCAGGGUGGACCAGCUUAACCCAGCAGAUGCGCAGGAGCCGAAUGAGUUCGACACUUUCCUGGACGCUUUCCGGGAUCUGCUCUGCCAGUCCCAGUCGUUCGUUCGCGAGGUCAACGGAGGAGAACGCAGCGUGGUGUCGAUGCGGGACAUUGCGCGUGCCGCGCGUGUCUUCAAGUGGUUUUUGACACAGUAUUCAGGAUUGAGGGGUGUAGAGAACAUCGCAGUCACGAUUGACGACGACGGGGUCAUGAGUCUCCCCCUCACUCCCGACACGAAGCCUCACCUUCGCAACGCUGUUAUUCUCACUUUGGGAUACUGUUACCAUGCAAGGCUGAAUCGUGACGAGCGUUGGGUAUACCGCAAAAGAAUCUGCACCACGUGGAAGAAGAUGCUGACCGACAGGCCGAGCGUGCAAUGGCUGAAUUUGGAGAAUGCGAAUGAUCUCGACUCAAUGCUGAUAGAGACGCAGCUUCAGUUCGUGUCAGAGAUGGACCUCGGUGAGGGUAUCGCCCUGAAUGAGGCACUCCGAGAGAACCUGUUCAUGCUGCUGGUGAGCAUCAUGAACCAGAUCCCGAUACUGCUCAUCGGGAAGCCCGGCUGCUCCAAGAGCCUCGCCAUGGGAGUGCUCCAGCAGAACUUGAUCGGCGAGGUGUCCAACAAGAAGAUAUUCAAGACCAUGCCGUCGGUGGACGUGUUCGCCUACCAGUGCUCUCCCCUGUCCACGCCGGAGGCCAUCCUCAGCGCCUUCCGCUCGGCCCGGCAGUCCAACCUGAAGCACGAGAGCAACAUCGUCUGCGUGCUGCUGGACGAGGUGGGCCUGGCCGAGGAGAGCCCGCACCUGCCCCUGAAGGUGCUGCACCGGGAGCUCGAGGACCUGCAGGGCAUCGCCUGCGUGGGCAUCUCGAACUGGGCCCUGGACGCGGCCAAGAUGAGCCGGUGCGUGACCCUGUACAGGCCGCCGCCGACGAUCGAGGACCUGUGCGUCACCGCGGAGGGUAUGGUGGCCUCGGCGAAUCUCAAGGCGUACCUCAAGCCGUUGUCGACGGCGUUCCACAUGAUGUACAAGAAUCAGAGUCCCACGCGAGGUGCGGGGGACUUCUGGGGCAUGCGCGAGUUCUACAGCACGGUCCGCGUCAUCAACAUGGAGCUCAAGAAGCGGGCCUCCGAGGGCCUGGAGGCCGUGCUGGAGCCGCAGGUUCUGAUGAAGACGGUGCAGCGCAAUUUUGGUGGUCAGAGCGCCAGCGAUCUUGACCAGUGCGUCGAGGAGUUCUUUGAGCGAUGCAGCAUGGACGAGAAUGGCAGCGGGGUCAAGCGCUACACGAUUCCAGAGCUCAUUCAACAGAAUCUGAAGGAGCCAGAUGCUCGCCACCUCAUGCUGCUCACCAAGAACAAUGCUGCACUUCGGCUGCUCUUCGAGAGCAACUUAAUCGACCACAGCACUGCCAAGGUCAUGUUCGGCAGCACUUUCUCGAGCGAUCAGUCCGACAUCUUCGUGGCCAUGAACUUGCAGAAGAUCAAGGGCUUCAUGCAGCAGCCGAUCAGCUUGGUUCUGGUGCACUGUGACUCUCUGUACGAAUCCCUUUACGACCUCCUGAACCAGCAUUACAUGGAGUUUGCUGGACAGAGGUACGUGAGGAUUGCGCACGGGUCGAAAGCGAAGCAGUGCCCUAUCCACCGGCUCUUCCGUGUCAUCGUCGUCACGGAAAUGUAUGACGCAUAUUACCGUCUCCCCCCUCCAUUGUUGAAUCGUUUUGAGAAGCAGGUCUUUUUGCGAAAAGACCUUAUGACAAAGGCUGACGAGGCGUUGCUUGCCAAGUUGACCAGGUUCUGGAACAUGCUCUUGGGCGUUGUGAACGAUUGGACGCACAGGGACAAGCCAGAUGGCGACAUCACCAUGGGCCCCAAACGGGCCAGCCUCGCGUCAGAGGCAGAGCAUGAUCAGGACGGGGAAGGACCACGACAUCGGCCCGUGGUGGGCUACCACCCAGAAAUGCUGAAUUCGCUCGUCGUCACGCUGAGGCGGCGCUUCGGGAGCGACAAGAGCAUCGAUCAACUGUUCGCCCUCGCCAAGGAGCUGCUGAUGUGGGUGAUGACCCCCGAGGCGGUCUGCAUCGUCGCCUCGCGCUGCGACGGGCCCCAGCUGGAGAUGAAGUUCGGCGUGGACCUGGUCUCGGAGUACUUCCACAAGCAGCGGCACUCUGACCUGCCCAGCUUCACCGAGGACCUGAUCCAGAACAGGAGCAACUGGUGCGACGAUUUGGGGGCACAGGUGAUGAUCACCACGUUCAGCCCCAUCCGUGGUUAUGUCAAGGGAGAUCUCGAGCACUUCGUCAGCGACGGCGGGUCGAUCACGGAGGUGUCGCUGCACGAGUUCUCUUCCAGCCAGGACAUCGACAAGGCGGUGAAUUCAUUCUAUGUUGGGGCAGCGGGCCAAGCCGAGGGUGGCAAACGCUUUUUGCUAAUCCAUGCGGAUCCUGCAGCAGCUUCCCUCCGCGUGAUCGAACAUGCUCGCUUCGUGUGCGAGACGGAACGCGCGGGGGCGCACGCGAAGUUGACUGAGUCUGGCGCCGCUGGCUCCAUGUUUGUGCUGCUCAUAGUGCACUUGCAGCGCGGCACCGACGCGAAGUUCUCAUUCGACUUUGACUCGCAGUGGCACUUCGCCUUCUUGGAUUCCGUUGAGCCCUCCGUAGACUUGAACAGCAUGCCGCUGCUGGGUGAUAUGCUGCAAAUGCCCCUCAUCCAGGUUGUCCAGGGGCUGAAUUUCGAGAAACUGCUGCAGACGUGCUUCAGGGCCUCGCUGUCGCGUCUCAUCUACCCGAAGAGCCGCAAGCCAGAGGACCUGCACCAGCAGAUCCAGCUGAUCCUCUCAUUCCUGGCGGACGCAGAGUUUGUGAAGCUCGUCCGGGACUGGGUCCUGUGCAUCCUGGAGACGACCCCGAAGAACUCUCAGAACGAGGAAGAAGGCUCGUUUGGCGCCGACACGACCUGGUUUGCCGCCAUCGCGAUGGCUGCCCACGAGCUGGCGAUGGCCGGCACGUUCCGCGCCGCGCUGCACAACCGCGUGGCCGUGUUGGUCGGGUCGCUCCUCACGGUGCUGCUCGCGCACCUGGACCGCAACCAGGGGCUGGCCCUGCUGCAGGAGCCGCCGAAGCGCACGCUGUGGCUCAACAUCCAGCUGCCUCCGGCACGGUGGCGGAUGUGCCGAGCCUCUCUGACAUCCAACCUCAGCCUCCAGCUGAAGCACCAGGCAGUCCAGGCCCUGAGCGAGGACGCCAGCGCCCAGCACGAGGUCGGCACCGACGCGCAGACCGGAGCGAAGCCGUUUGUGAGCCGCUUCCCGGCCAGCUGGUUCGCCUCGAAGAGCAUCGACGGCGAGCGGCACAUGAUGGAGUCUCUGCCGCCGGAGAAGCAGCUGGCGGCAUUGGAGGAGCAGUACAAGAUCAGCAUGCUACAGGAAGUGGGCCUGGAUCCCGUGCUACCGUCGGAGCUCCUGGACGACUACCUCCACGACUUCACUGCCAUGCACGUGGACUGGACGGCACGCAUCGACCGGAGCACGCAGACGCGCAUCCUGUCAAAGACCCUCACACGGUUCAUGAAUCAGGUCUCGCCAGUGCAGCGCCAGGUCACGUCUAUUCUAGAGGUCCAUCAGGCGUUCUGGAGGCAGGAGAAGCAGGUGGAUUAUUUUAUAAAGUUGUUGAAUGCGGUUCCGGACGCCGUCCCUCAGGCAGAGCGUCUGAUCGAGACGUCGGACCUCAGCACGUUGAUCUUGAAUAUGCUCCUGCUCGUUCACGAGACACUGUCCAACGAGCUCCUCCAGGUCGACGAGAGCUUAUUCACUCUCGCAUGGGUCGAGGAGCGCGCGAGGGUGCUCGACAGAGACCUGAGGCAGCUCUCCAAGGAGGAGCUUCAGAGCAUGGGCCGUAGCCUCUUCUACCGAGAGUGGCUACAGCGCAAGAUGGUCGUGGCGAACCUGAGCAGGGACUACAUGAGCUCCGUGGAGGGCGCGAGAGACAGCGCCCUGCUCAGAGAGCUGAAGACGGACAAGGAGCCGCGCCUCGAGACGCUGUCGCUGAUGUUCCAGCAGGUCGCGUGCGCUCUGAAGCUGCCGCUGGAGGUCGUGAAGAAGUUCCUGAAGCACCUGCCGGAGGGCAAGAUACGGCAUCCGCGGUCGCUUCUCGCCAUCCUGACGCUCGCGCAGGACGUGGCCGGCUGCCCCCAGGGCCUGGAGGCCUGCGGCGCCUUCUGCGAGAGCUGGCUCCUCGACGUCUGCCUCCGCGACGCGGAGACCAUCAGCGACAUGGACGAGACGGCGCUGCGGCUGAUCUGCGGGCUUGCGGCUGGCCUGCCGGUGGUCGUCGAGAAGAACAGCGUGGUCGGAGUCACAUCUGGAAAGAUCAGCGACUGGAGCGAGACUGCGGAGUCUGGGAUCGCAGCGCUGCCAGGCACGGGCGGCGUGAUUCCGCGGUCCUCGUGCCUCAACCUGGCGCUCCUUCGCAAGCUGCUCGUCACCUCGAGGCACGACGCGAGGCAGAUUGCCGUCAGGACGAUCGAGGAGCUCUUGCUGGAGGUCAGCAGGCGCGAGGGCCACAACGACACCACGUUCGCCACGAGGUACACUGUGCUCAUGGAGGAGGAUUUUGAGAGCAAGAUGAAGGACGCUUGCGAACCGCACAACUGGCCUGACAUUUCCCUGCAGGCAGUCUUCAGCCCAGAUAGAUCGCGCUCUCCUGCCACCAUGCUGGAGGAGGUGGGCAAGAUCCGUUGGAUGCUGCAGCGGUAUGCCGACGUGCUGUGCCAGGACUCUGUCAACCAUGCGGCGCACGACGCCUGUGCGGAGAAGGUGGACGGCCUACUCCAGACAGACGACGAACAGCUCGAGAAGGUAUGCAGGUCGCUGCGCAUGUUCCUACUGAAGUGCAUCGAGCGGAGAAAAGGCGUCUCGUUUCUCCGUGCCCUGCUCGACGCGAGACCCUUGUCCGACACAGGCUGGGUCACCAAGUGGCGCACCAACCAUGACAUCGAGUUCGAGAAAUUCAUUGGUGCCGCUCUCGUUCCCAAGUGGAACCCAUUCACUGGACAAGACGGAAGCCCAGAAUAUAACGAGGCCAAGGCCGCCAUCUUCGAGAUGAUGAGCUCGACGUCGACAGCCAAGCUGGACCAGUUUGCGAAGUCCAUCGCCUCAAAAGAGGGCAUCCAGCAGAAGCGCAGCAUAGGCGGCUUCCUGCUGGCGGUCUGCCAGGAGCUGGGCCUGCACUCUGCGCUGGAGACGGCAGACAGGCCCCCGCAGUGGAGGGGCCCCCUGAACGAGUGGCUCGCGACCACCAAGGCGCUGCCCGUCACCGACCAGGAGCGCAUGCUGCUGCGCAUCUUCGCAGGGGACGCGUCUGCCAUUGCCCAGCUGCCCGAGGACGACGGGGCGCCCCUGGGGCCGUUCGUGGUCUCCGGCGGGAGGAAGAUGGACGACCUCCUCAAGUUCCGGCUGCUGGGCCACAUUGCCAGCGUCUGCAUCUCGGCGCCCAGCUCGUCCCUGCUGGCCUCGCUGCGCGAGAUCAUGCUCCGGCCGAAGAGUCUGAUGCCCGACAUGUUCCUCCCCUCGAUGGACGAGGACAUCAGGAACAGGGUGAUGAAGGCACUGUUGGAGCGAGGUGAGAACAUCUGGAAGUUCAAGAGCCACUGGUACUCGUGCGUGUGCGGUUACUCCUUCUUCAUCGGCGAGUGCGGCAGGCCGAUGGAGGUCGCCACCUGCCCGCAGUGCGCGAAGCCGAUCGGCGGCCGGGACCACAACCCGACCACGAACAGCCUCGUCGACGAAGAGAAGGACCGGUCUCCCCACGGCUACAUGCUGCCCGUCGCGGACAAGGACGAGAAGCACAUCUCCUUCAGGGAGAUCCCGGCCAGCUCGACCCGGGCGGUCCGGCUGCUGCUCCACGGCUGCAUGUUCUGCGGCAUCGCCGGCCACGUGGACGUGCACGAGCACCGGGUCCCCCGGAUCUACGAGAACAUCGUGAACCGGGACACCAUGUGCACGAUGUACGAGGGCGGCCAUAAGGAGGGGAUGUACAUCGCCGAUCAUUUCGCCCACGACCUCGAGCAGAUGACCGCGAUCAUGAGCAGCAACCCCGAGUGCCUCGUGAUGGCGAUGCACGCGCUGCUGACGAGGAUGAGCGUGCAGUUGAAGGACGUGCCCAAGGGCAAGACUGGCGCCGCUGGCCAGGUCGCGUCCGGCAGCGCCGACGAGGUGAACUGGGAGAAGCUGGACCUGCCCAGCCGCAACGCCUGGGAGGAGACGAUCGAAGCAACGUACCUGAACGAGAUGGUCAAGAAUUACGACACCAGCACGCAAGAGUUCCACGCGAGGUGGGGAGCCGGCGCCGCGGAGGACGGGAAGUUCGUGGCAGAGCUGAUGGAGGCCGCGGACGUGCAGGGAUUCCCGACGAAGAAGAGGGACCAGGAGCUGCCGCAGUUGUGGGCCUUCCGAUCCCCAGUGACGCUGGGCGCCCUCCACCAGCGGAUCGGCAUGCAGUCCGACGGGAAGAACGACCUGCCAGUGCUCACCACCGUGCUGCAGCAGCAGGUCUGGAAGGUGAUGCGCGCCCUGCGCUGCCUGGUCGGCGUGUUUGACUGGCACGCGCUGGUCAUGUCUGCCUUCAGCGGCCGCAUCACCCGCGCUCAGGCGCAGGAUUUGAGGGUCGGAGACGUCCUGGAGGGGCAGGCGCCCUCGGAGAGGGAGAAGUGGGAGCGGGCCUUCGAAGACCUCCAGAAGGCGUGGUCGAUCGCGUGGUCCUCGGUCGAGCGGUACGAGUGCCAAGAGAUCCCUCAGCACAUGAAGAGCGUCAGCCUGACGCGGAACUCCGCGAUGGUCUACUGCAUCGCGGACCCACAGAACGAAGGCAUAUGUCCCCUGGCGUUGACGCAGUUCCUGGUGGAGCGCCACAACGAGCUUGUACAGGUUGUCAGCUCCGCGAACGGGUAUCCUGUGAAGAAGGUGUCCACCAGGCUGCUUGCCCAGCACGACGUGGUCAAUUACAACGGGAGUCAGUUGAUGAAAUUUCUGAAAAGCCGUUGUGUUACGUAUGGAGUUGGUGGUAAGUUGAAUUUUGCUUUCAAGCAGCUCGAACAGAAGUUACGUCGGGAGCUGUCCCGACCCGAGCUCACCAUGGAGGUGCGCGGAUUUAAUUGGCUCGGCGAGUCUUUCGCGAUUGGCAGCCAGUUGAGGACGGUGCUGCCCCAGCGGGACCUGGCCGCCGACGUUGUUGCACGAAUCCGCGAAGAAGUGACAAGUCCCUCAGUGGCUAGCCAGAUGGUCCAGGAGGUUCAGAUCACAAUUUCGUUUAUUCUAAAGUCUGGAGUCGCUUUCGGAAAGAAUGCGGGCAACACGUUCCUGGCAGAGUACUUCAAGUCUGUGUGUCUUCAGAACUCUGUGCAGUGCCUGCCCUCUAACACGGCCCGCGCCGAAGUCCAAUUGCGCCACCUUGAUUCGUUCAUCAAGCUGCUGAAACAGAUUAUGAACAAGGACCCGAUGGAGAAUGUGGACGACAAGUACAAGGAGCCUUUGCCAGAGGAGAUGAAGAAGGCCCUUCUUGCGGCCAAGCCCAAUCUGCCAGCCAUACUGAUCCAGGUGCUCGCGACUUUCGCCGAGGCGCGCCUUGUGGAGACGUCUUUGAAGGACUCGGAGGGGAUGCUGGAGAUACUGGAGCACGCCCAGGACGAGUUCGCAGACGCUGGGACCCACGCUUUCAGAGCGGUGCAGCAGCAUUUUCCGCAGAAGCUGCAGAUGAAACACUGGGUCGCCGUGUACAAUACGCUCAAACAGCCAAACGGCAAGCCGCUCGACACCGACGUGCUCUGA